CCGGCUGGUUUGUUUCGCGUGUUACGUUCAGCUGUCACUCUUUGGUGGUUAUUAGCGUUGAUAAAAAUCAACGGGAACACGUGUUGGCCUCGUCGGGCUGUCUGUCAACGGAUGUACGGAGUGGCGCGUCACGGCUACGAAGAGUACCGGAAGUGACAGGAUAGGACAAAGGCUGUCGUGACCAUCAUCGAUGGCAGCCGCGAGCUUUCCUCCAAACUUUUCGAACGUCGGCAUCCUGGAGAACUGCGCCGGCAUGGAGGCAGCAAAUGGUACGAUCGAGCACGAUUUUCACAAUGCCCUGGUGCCCAUAAACGGUAGCCAUUCCGGCAGCUCCGGCAGGAGUACACCGAAUGGCGGCGACCCCGCACCGGGGAAAUUGUUCGUCGGUGGUUUGUCCUGGCAGACGAGCAGCGAAAAACUCAGGGAGUACUUUGGCAUGUUCGGCACCGUCACCGACGUCCUCAUCAUGAAGGAUCCGGUCACACAGCGUAGUCGCGGCUUCGGUUUCAUCACGUUCGCGGAGCCGGGUAGCGUGGACAAGGUGCUGAAGUGUCCGAUUCAUACGUUGGACGGGAAGAAGAUCGACCCGAAACACGCGACGCCAAAGAAUCGCGCGAAACAGGCGAACCGCACGAAGAAGAUCUUCGUUGGCGGCGUGAGUCAGGACACGAGCAGCGAGGAAGUGAAGGCCUACUUCAACCAGUUCGGCAAAGUCGAGGAGACGGUGAUGCUGAUGGACCAACAGACGAAACGGCACCGUGGCUUCGGUUUCGUUACGUUCGAGAACGAGGACGUGGUGGAUCGCGUGUGCGAGAUUCACUUUCACACGAUCAAGAACAAGAAAGUGGAGUGCAAGAAGGCUCAGCCGAAGGAGGCGGUUCAACAGGGCGCGUUGGCCCUCGGCAAGAGGGUGGUGUUGGGCGCCCUGGGCGUCAGGCUGGCGCCCCAACCGCCCUUACCGGUCGCCGCGGCGUCCCAGAUCGUCGCCGCACAGGCGCAGGCGCAAGUACAAGCGGCCGGUUUUCACGAAUCGUAUUUAACGAACUAUUGUUCGGAGUCUCUGGGCUUGAAACCCGGAGGAGCAAAAGAGAAGCGUUAA